AUGUUACUUAACCAAUAUGUGUACGAACUGUUGGCAUCAUGCUGUGUUAGAUGGAUUGACUUUGUGAGACUGGGCGCAACAUGCCAACAUUAUCAUCGUCUGAUGGUGCGCUCAUCACGUUGGAAACAACUCAAUCUGGGAGGUUGUCAUUGGUUAACAGACAAGUUGCUGUUCCAUCUUACAAAGGUGCUAGAUGGAUACAUUAGACAAGGCUUUCAAACACCGUUCGUUGAAUCACUCACAUUGGAUGGCUGCUACCAGCUCUCCAACCGAGUGAUGGACUACAUCAGCCGAUGCUACGUCCUCUCCAACAUUGCUCAUCUCUCAUUGGACAAUUGUCAGAUCACAUCGAUCAAGGACUUCUUUGGCAGACAUGUCUCGACCUUGGCACCUCCCACCAAUCAGGCCUCCGAAGGUCCAGAGGACCCGCCCCAGCCCAUGCCCAGAGGUCCACUCCUCUCACUGCGCAUACCAACGUUGCAGGCGAACCAAACAACGCCAAUCCUAUCACAUCUAUCAUCGUUGACUUCACUCACUCUGCCUGGCUCGGUCGAUCAUUAUAUGAUGUUGCGAUUCAUUGAGUCGUCGCCACGUCUCGAGCGACUGAGGAUCGAGUCGCGCAACAAAGACAACCUGUUCAACACAUUGAUAAUCGAGAAGUUGUGCCAACUGCGUAGUCUACAGGAUAUACAUCUGAUGGCAAUGACCGCAAUGACUGGAGAGAAUGUUGGCAUGCUCGCAAUGAACCUCGUGAACAUCAAGCGCAUAUCGAUCACCAACAACUCACAACUCACUGGCGACUUUGUCAACGUGGUGCUAGACAGCUGCAAGAGUCUUGUCGAGCUCAACAUUAGAUACUGUCGCAAUGUUGGUGAUGUGAGCAUGCGCAACACAUCACUCCAGGUCUUGGAUGCCUCUCACACGAUUACAUCCGCCAACUUGGAUCUGCCCAAUCUCCGUACACUCUUGCUCAACUCCUGGGGUCUUGGCGACAAUGACCACUGUCACCAGCUAUUCAGCAGACAUCCAUUGUUAAGACAUCUUGACUUGACCAACUGUAACGUCAACGAUGAUCAACUAUCAAUCAUACUAUCAUAUUGUCAGAACAUUCAAACAUUGAACUUAGAUAGAUGUCCAAUCACUCGGACAUCGAUCAAUCAUAUAUUCGACAACUGUAAAGACUUGUUCAAGAUCGUACUAAGUAACACCGUGAUUGCCAAGCAUCCAGAACAAGCCAACAAACUGUUGGAACUCAAGUACACUCCAUCU